AUGGUGCUUUGCCUGCGCUCAUGCAGUCACGGCCUAUUCUCUACAUCUCGACGGUGCUUUAGCUCGGUUCGUUCCCAUCAAGAAGAUAAACGAUGGCCAGGAUGGCAAAUCAUAAUAGGCAUUGAGGUUCACGCCCAAAUCAAGUCACGUCGCAAGCUUUUCUCUGUUCCCCUCACCGGGAACCUUCCGAACACCUGCGUCUCUCCGUUCGACGCCGCGUUCCCUGGCACACUGCCAAGAUUGAACGUGCAAUGUGUUGCACUUGCUACUCGCGUUGCUUUGGCUCUGAACUCCAACAUCCAAUCGCGUUCAACCUUUGAUAGAAAGCACUAUUUCUACCCCGAUUUACCAGCCGGUUACCAGAUCACACAGCAUUAUUCCCCCUUUGCCAUAGGAGGUCGCCUUGUUCUCCCUACCGAAGCAGCUGUUCCUGUGAGGAUCAAACAAAUCCAGCUAGAGCAAGAUACUGCCAAGUCCAUAUUCGAUCCUCGCAGACGUGAAACACUCAUAGACCUCAACAGAGCCGGCAUGGGGCUUAUGGAGAUCGUCUCUGAGCCAGAUAUGAGGUCCCCAGAGGAGGCUGCAUUGUAUGUUCGUUCUUUACAAAGUUUGUUGCGGGCAGUCGGGGCAAGCGAUGGUAAUAUGGAGCAGGGCUCUCUGAGGUGCGAUGUGAAUGUGUCCGUCAACCGCCCCGGUUUGCCUCCAGGUACUCGGUGUGAGAUCAAGAACCUCAAUAGUGUCAAAUUCAUGAUGUCCGCGCUUUCUAGCGAGAUACGCCGCCAUAUAGACAUUUUGGACUCGUCUUCGUCCGUCCCACAAGAAACGCGUGGAUUUUCCGAACAGACGUUCGAGACGUUCAAAUUACGAAGCAAAGAGGAUGCGCCAGAUUAUCGUUACAUGCCUGAUAUGAACCUGGGUACGCUUCAUAUCACUGAAACACAAAUCCAAAAUAUACGUGAGACGAUGCCGGAAUUACCUGACAUUACUCGUUCUCGUCUUCAGAAGCAGUAUUCCCUACAUCCACGGGACGUCGAGAUUCUUCUCGCCCUCGAUGCAGAGAAGGACAUCCCAUUUGAUGGUGAGACUGGGGGGCCUUCCUCGGCUGGCGCAGUGAGAUACUUCGAGAACAUCUGUCAAGACCAUGGCCAAGGAGCGAAGGAGAAACCUCGCGAUCCAAAGGUGGUUUUGAAUUGGAUAAUUCACGAGUUAGUCGGACAACUAUCCGCUCGUCAUGAAACGUUUACAGCGCAGCGUGUGCCUUCGUCGUGGCUCGCUGAAUUGAUAGAUAUGGUGCAAGGCAACAUCAUUACUCGUACUUCCGGCAAGAGCCUGCUUCGACACAUACUACACAACCCAUCGGAGGAAUCACCCAAACAACUUGCUCAUAAGCUCGAUCUCAUCGCUCUUCGGACUGAAGAUCAGGUUUCGAGCGCAGGUACAGCACCCCCUGCGGGAGACAUGGACCUUACCGCUAUCUGUCGGGCCUCCAUCUCUCAGAUGCCCGCUGAAGUUGUCGCUUAUCAGGCGGGGAAUGUCAAUGUCCUCAACAAAAUUGUGGGUCAUGUCAUGAAAACUACGAGAGGGAGAGCGAAUGCUCUUGCUGUCAAAACUGUGCUACAAGCAAUGCUUGAUGGAAAUUAG